CCCUGUGCUGGGGGAGCAUGGACCCACAGCACUGCAGUGCUCUGGGUGAUUGCAGGCUGUUCCUCACCUUUAGACUCAAUGGGGCUGUGCCCCAUCCCAUCCCCUUGGGGCUGUUUGGCUGCUGGGAAUGUGGGGACAAUCCUAGCUCUGAGCCAAGCCAGGAGCCCAUGGGGUGCAGUCGGCGAUGCUAAGAGGGGGGCAUGCAGUUUUGGUGUGGGUGGUCACACAUAUGGUGGCACUGAGCAGGUCCCUGCUGGUGCCCUGUGCCCCCAUCCCUGCUGGUUCCAUUCCAAGGGUGUCCCAAGCUGCAUGUCCCCAUCUGAUCUAUGCACACCCUGCCAGCCCCCCCUCACCCUCUGUCAGCUCUGGGCCUGCCCGCUCCCAUCCCUGAGUCAGAAGAACACAUUCGUGGAGCAGAGGGCAGGGGUUUGGGGAACCUGUUUGGCAGGAGGAGGGAUGGCAGGGGAUCUCCUGGCCUCGCGGUGACAUCAUCCCCAAAACAGGCGCCUCUGACGGGGCGAUGCCUGCAGGAACCUGAACUGUGCAUCACCACAUCCCCCUGCACCCAAAGGUGCUGCAGCCCCGCGGGUGUCCCUGUUGUUGGGUUAGGGGUGGGAUGCGGAGUGGUCCGGUGAAGUGGUGCUUCAGCAUCGCUCCGUGGUGUGGAGCAGCUGCUGGCGGUGCUGGGGGAUGCAGGAGGCAGAAAGAUGGGGUGAGGCCCCACAAAUGGUGGAGACGGAGCUCUGGGAUGGAAAUCAGCGUCCCUUUGGGCUGACGGGGACGGGGCUGCUGACCCAGAUGGCGGUGGCUGUGCAGGCAGGGCAGGUUCCACCCUCAGCUUCGAUACGUGCUGGGGACCAGCUCCAGGUGGUGCUGGGAGAGGUGAGCGUGGUUGUGAGCCCAAACAUUUGGGAGAAAACAAGAUAGCAUGGAGGCGGGCGAGCGCGGGGCUGAAGAUCGGCCCCAACACCAGCAGCGGUGCCCGGAGCGGUGAUGUCGGGCGGAGCAUCUCGGCUCCAUCCCAUCCCCAUCCCACCCCAUCGGUGCCGGCAGGCGCGGGGCCGGGGCGGGGAGCUCCGAGAUUCCUCCCCCGCGGGCCGGGGGGAGCGGGGCGGCGCGGCACAGCUCGGCACGGCCCGGCCCCCUGCACCGCCCCGCGCCAUGGAGAGCGACCGCGCCGGGCGGGAGCCCCAACCCCGAGCUGCGCCCGGGAAGACACCGUCCCCGAUGGGAGACAGCGUGCUGCCCCCCCAACCUGGGGACACUGUGCACGGAGACAGCCCCCCACAGCGUGACCGACCCAUCCUCCCAGCCGUGACCCCUUCCCCAAUGGCCACCCCCCCACCAGGACAGCUCUGCCCUGUUCCCGCAGCUGUGACCCCCCCAGGACAUCCCAUGUCCCCCAUCCCUGCAGCUGUGGCUCCCUCAGCAGAGAGCGUCCCACCCUGGUGUGACAAGACCCCCCCUGCACACCCCCAUCCUCACGCUACAGAGCAACCCAAAGAAGAGGCAUCACGCAGCACCGCUGGCCAGCCGCUGCCCGUCCCCACUGCCCCGUGCCCAGCGGAGACACUGCCCCAUGGGAGCACCACCGUGGCCCCCACUGCUGGCAAAGGGGCACCCUCCGAUGCCAAGAGCCCCCCAGGAAGCACAACGCAGCCUCCCAAGGACGUGCCCCCCAAGGACACACCCUCCAAGGACAUUCCCCCCAAGGAUAUGCCCUCCAAGGAUGUCCCCCUCAAGGAUGCAUCCCCCAAGGACACACCAUCCAAGGAAGUCGCCCCCAAGGAUGUGCUCCCCAAGGAUGUGACCCCCAAGGAUGUCCCCCCCAAGGGUGACCGUGCCACUCCAGCUGCUGCAUCGCCAUCUUCAGCUGCCAGCCCCAGGCCCAAGCAAGCAGAUGCUCAGAAAGCCCAGGCACGGCACAGGCAGGCGAAGGAGCGGCGAGAGGAGCGGGCCAAGUACCUGGCGGCCAAGCGGGCGCUGUGGCUGGAGAAGGAGGAGAAGGCCAAAGUGCUGCGGGAGAGGCAGCUGGAGGAGCGCCGGCGGCGGCUGGAGGAGCAGCGGCUGCGGGCAGAGAAGCGCCGUGCGGUGCUGGAGGAGCGGCAGCGGCAAAAGCUGGAGAAGAACAAGGAGCGCUACGAGGCGGCCAUCCAGCGCUCGGCCAAGAAGACGUGGGCAGAGAUCCGGCAGCAGCGGUGGUCGUGGGCAGGGGCCCUGCACCAUGGUUCUGCCACGCACAAGGAUGGUGCGAGCCGCUGCUCAGUGUCCGCCGUAAACCUCCCCAAACACGUCGACUCUAUAAUCAACAAGCGGCUCUCCAAAUCCUCUGCCACCCUCUGGAACUCUCCCAGUAGAAACCGCAGCCUGCAGCUGAGCCCCUGGGAGAGCAGCAUAGUGGACCGGCUGAUGACGCCCACGCUGUCCUUCCUGGCACGCAGCCGCAGCGCCGUGACACUGGCUGGGAAUGGCAAGGAGCAGGUGCCUGUGUGCCCCCGCUCGGCCUCUGCCAGCCCCCUCAGCCCCUGCCACAACCACCGCCUGCCGCACCGCUGCUGGGAGCGGCGGAGGGGCACUGCUGGCAGCCCCGAUGUGACACCGCGUCGCCGUGCCGAGUCCUCACCGAAGAAGAAGGAGAAGAAGGAGAAGGAGCGGGAGAAUGCCAAGGAACGCAGUGCGCUGUCCCGCGAGCGCAGCCUCAAGAAGCGGCAGUCACUGCCUGGCGCACAGCCCCGGCUCCUGCCCACAGCUGACAGCAGCCCUGGCCCCAAGAACCGUCCCUCAUCCCCAGCCACCCCCAAAACCCGCCCAGCAUCCCCCAGCCCAGCCCUGGGCUCACCCCACAAGCCACCCCUGCCCCGCAGUGCUCACUCCUCCCCCAAGGUGCGGGCCAGGGUGCGGGAUGAGCGGGGCGAGCAGGAUGGCCAGGCCAAGGGGCGCGAGAGGAAGGAAGAGGACAAGGGCCCAGCCACCCCCGAGCCGCCCAGGGUUCCCACAGAGCCGGCAGCAGCCCCCUCGGCCCCUGCAGCCCACAGCCCCCCCAGCAGACCCUCGGCCGGCACUACGGACCGGGAGGAGGCCGCCCGACUGCUGGCAGAAAAGCGACGCCAGGCCCGCGAGCAGCGGGAGCGCGAGGAACGAGAGCGCCGGGAGCAGGAGGAGCAGGAGAGGCGGCUGCAAGAAGAGAGGGCACGGCAGGCGGCGGAGGAGCAGAGCCGCAGGGAGGCCCUGGCACGGCAGCGGGAGGAGGAGCAGCAGCUGCAGGAGGAGCGCGAGGCCCAGGAAAAGGCACGGGCAGAACGGGAGGAGACAGAGCGGCUGCAGAGACAGAGAGAAGAGGCUGAGGCGAAGGCACGCGAAGAGGCUGAGCGGCAGCGCCUGGAACGGGAGAAGCAUUUCCAGCGUGAGGAGCAGGAGCGGCUGGAGAGAAAGAAGCGCCUGGAGGAGAUCAUGAAGCGGACACGCAAAUCGGAUGCAGCAGAUGCCAAGAAGAAGGAAGACAAGAAGAUAGUGAAUGGGAAAGCAGUUGAGCAGGAGCACAGCACAGGUGGUGAGAAGAGAGCAGGGCCGAUGCCAAAGGCAGAGGAGCUCCCAGAGACAGAGACACCGAGUGCAGGGAUGCUGGGGACACUGAAGGGCCCGGCAGGCGAGGGGCUGCAGCCCAGUUCUCCAGCCAAGGAUGUGGCAGCCCCAGUUGUGAAUGGCGUGCAGCCCAGCAAGCACGAAAACGGCUUCUCAGGCACCGAGGGCUCCUCAGAGCUGCUGGAGCUUUCCCACCACGGUGGCAGCCCCAGCAGCAUCAUCCCAUUUGGCGACAAGGAGCCCUUCCUCAAGCAGGCAGUGGUCAAACCCCCCCAGGUCACAGAGGUGCUGUGAGGCCCGGCCCUGGCUGACGUCCCCACGGAGCACCGCGCAGACCCAUAGCUGUUGUCAGAAGGAAACACCUCGCUGCCCUCCUCCGCCCGCCCGGCCAUGCCAUGAGGAGCCCAGGCAGCGCGAGGCUCCAACAUGGCAGCCGCCAGCCCUGCGCCCACACCGGGGCCUCCUGGUUUCUCUCUCAGUUGUUUUUAUUUCGUUUUGUUCUUUUUUUUUAAAAAAAAAAACAAAAACAAACAACCAUGCACCUUAUCAGCCUGCCGCCCCUGCCCACCGCCCGCCCGAGCCACCCCAGACGUGUGCUGUCAUACUGUGGUUAUUUAAUUCGCUGGGUACAAUGUAUGUGAAUACUGUAAAUAGCGCUCGGCCGACACCGGGGGGCUCGGGGCCGCCCCGUCCCCUUUGUCCCCACGCAUGUCUGCGUGCACCCGGGGCUGGGCCGGGCCCACGCUGCUCUCCGUGCCGUUGUGACAGUGUUAUGCAUCCGGACAACCUCUGCGAACAAUAAAAGUGAACAACCACGCAACGCCUCGCCUCGUUGCGGCCCGGGGAUGGGGUGGGCGGCGGGGAGGGGCGGCCCCUCAGGGCAGGGCGCGGACUGACGGUGUCGGCACCGCCGCCAUUUCCCGGCCUGCCUUCCAGCCGGAAGCU